CUCUGCUCGGCAUAGAAGAAAACACAUUUCCUGGAUAAAUUGUAAAUAAUUUCCAAUCGCCUAAGUAAUCUUAUUCUGAACUAUAUACAUAUGCACCCGAACUAUUUGAGGAAGUGUCGUAAACAUGUUUGUAUAUAUGUAAAUAUAUGGAACCCGAUGCAUGCAUCAACCUUUAAAAUCCCGUACAUUGCAAAAGCUAUACAAAUUUAUUUAUAUGCAUACCAAUGCAUAGGAGGAAAUAAAAUACGAAGCGAUACAUUUUUUUGCCGCAAAUCUAAACCAUGACAGCUGAUUCUAGCGCACGUAAUGUAUUUCGAAAGAAUGGUGUUGCCAGCUUGGGGAGUACUCACGGUCGAAAUCUUAUUACAACGGCAAAUCCAUCCGGUGGAAGUAGCGCAUCCCUACUCCAAAAACAAUUAUCUUUUAAAACACCCGUUGGUUCGAAACAAGUCUGCAAAUCCGAUGAAAUUGAAAUAGUUGAUAGCUCCAACAUCGAAAACUUUAAUGCGGGAUAUAAUAAGAACAGCAUUAUUGGAUGGAUAUGCUGUGCUCCAUGUAUAUGGUUUCGAACCUCUGCGGCUGUUCAUAAAAUGGCCAUAACAUCUGCAACCUUAUUAGUGACUACUUUGCUUGUAGCGUCACCCAUAUUAUUUUUGAUCAGUACGGCACCGUCCCCCUUACCCCGAGACUGCUAUAUGGAAGGCGACCGUUGCUCAUCACCCGUCUCAGCACCACCCGAAUGCAUGGAUGUAAUUUGUGAAUCAGUAGCUUCCAGUAUUCAAGCCAGACUUAAUUGGAACAAGGACCCUUGCACAGAAUUUAAGAAGUUUAGUUGCUGGCGGAAUACUCGAAACAAAAAUAUAACAAACCUUAUUGAAAUGGGAAACUCUCAAAAAAGUGUUGAUACUCAAAUGCUGUUUUUAUUUCAGAAUAAAUCGAUGGACGGCAGUUUUAAGAUAUUACAUAAUUUAUUUGAGAGCUGUUUACAACAGACCACCAACUCAACAGUAAUGCAUCGCGUAUUUGAUACUUUGGGCGGAUAUCAACCAGUUGGCUCAACAGGUCCUACAAGUAUUGCACCUUUGAUAGCUAACAUUUAUGAACUCGGUCCAAGCCCAUUAGUUGAUUUAUAUUAUGAUCUAAGCUAUGGAAGAAGACCUCAUAUUCUUCUUAUAAUCAGCGGUCCAAGCACAUCGUCAACUAUCCUAGAGCACAAAAUUCGUUGGAUCAGCCCAAAAGCACCCCCAAGCCGUAUUCGCCAAGGACUCCCAAAACUUUUAUCCGAUUUGAUUGACAAUUUUCUCCCACAUUUUGUAUCUUAUGAUCAAAGAAUAUCAGAAAAAGAAACAAUUUUUGAAUUUGUGAAGGAUCUUAACAAGAUGCAAGUUGAAUAUUCUCGACGAGGAUUUUGGGAUAGUUCUGUGCUGUAUAAUAUAUCCAUCCUGCAGGAUAUGUAUCCAGUUCUAAAUUGGACACUAUUAAUUCCACAAAACUGGAGUGGACCCAUAGUUGUCAGAAAUGGUGAUUAUCUCAAAGCUUUACAACACUUUCUUACAAAAUAUCCGACCAGAGUAGCACAUAAUUCAUUGCUUUUGCUAAGUGCGAUAGAAAUAUUGCCAAGGGAUUACCCAAGUCCUGAAGUGUGUACUCGGUCCACCAUGUGGGCUUUACCUGAAUUAGCAUCAGCUUUAUACAUAGCGCAACAUUCGUCUGACGAUUUAAAGGACACUACAAAACGGGCGGAAAUAAUAUUUAAAUCAUUGAAAGCCCAUUUAAAAAGAGCGCCUUCUUUAAAAGGAGCUGCUCUUGUAAAGUUAUCCGCGUUAAAAAUACAAUCACAGACGUGGGAAGGAUUUUCAAAUGUUACCGACUUAGUAAAGUCGUUAGAAAGCUUGAAUAUAAAUUCCGAAUGUUGGUUUCAAAAUAUUUUAGAGAUUUAUAAAAAAAACAAACUAGUUCCCAAUGAAAUUAAUAUGCGUACAGGAUCACAUGAUGCAUGGGCAUAUCCUAUUGUAUCAACUAUAUUUUACGAUACACUAAGCCAUUCAAUCGUGGUUCCCCUUUCAGUCAUCCUCAUACCGUAUUUUAAUGCAGCGCUGCCGCCCUAUCUUCAUUAUGCAUCUGUUGGCGUUUCCAUAGCCAAGGAAAUUUUGCGCUCUAUAACAAAAUCAUUUGAUGAAAAGGCAAUGCGUUGCGUUCCACAUUCUGUAAAUAUUUUUUCGAAUUAUAGUCGAAUGGACAUUUUGAUACAUUCAGGAGGAAUGCAGAUAUCAUACCACUCAAUGCUUUCAUUGACUGGUCCUAUCAAAGGAAUGGCGCGACUACCUGGUCUAAGCUUGACCCCAACACAAAUCUUCUUUUUAGUUUCCGGUCAGGAACUAUGUGCUGAAUCUAAUUACUUGGGAAUCGAUAUAAACGCUCCAGAGUUCGAUAAUAUAUUGGGAUGGCUCGUAGCUCAAGGGGGAAGUGCGACUGAAGUUUUCAAGUGCCCAUCUGGAUCAAUGAUUAAUAUCAAAACAUGCAAUGUGCUUUAAAUAUAAUUUGAGUAC